UCAGUUUACUCCUCCGUCGCGUUGUGUUUGGAUCGUGCGAAAACUUUUCCGUUCCGUCUCCGCCGAGUGUCGAAAGCGGUGCUGGUGCUGAUGGUGUUUGCCUGGUGACCUUUUUCCUCUAGCGUGUCGCGAACUUGAUGGCAAAUAAAUUUAUUGUGCUGUUCGUAUAGGUGUUGGUGAUGUGAUUUUGAUUACGGUUUUUGUUUUUCCUCUUAGGAAAAGUGCGUUUUUGUUUUUGUCUCGACCCGCGCCGUAGCAACGAACAGCUGACUGCGAGUGCGAGAAGGCGCAGAGCAUCGGAACGGGAUCCGCUUUCUGUCGUGUCUUGAACCACCCACCAACCCCCGGCCCCUUGAGAGUGAGGAGUGUGUGUUUUGUUUUUCAUGCUAACGAGUAGAAUCAUUCCACCGAAGAAGUAGUGCUUUGUUUUGGUGGAACGGUGUGCAAAUCCAAACGCGGAGGGCGAGAAAUCCCAGAUCCGGAACUCCAGAGCGUAGAGCUGUUUACUAUAGGUGCGAUCCGGAUCUUUCGCGAUCAAAACCUGGCAGACUGAAAACGUGAAGAUUGAUUAGGGAAUUUUAAGUGGCAACCCGUGUCUUAUUUACAGCUGUGAUUAAUCAGCGGUCACUCCUAUAGAGUGAACUGUUCAGUAGAAUUAAGCAGCCAAUAUCAAUGUGGUGAAGCAACCCGAGGAGGACCGGAACGUGCUUUGAACCUGCAGGAUGAAAUUCGCGGAACACCUCUCCGCUCACAUUACUCCAGAAUGGCGGAAACAGUACAUCAACUACGAGGAAAUGAAAGCGAUGCUGUACACGGCCGUGGAAGAGGCCCCGGCCCUGGACAGCGUCGAGGAUGACAUCAUCAAGCGCCAUUUUGCCAACUUUGAUGAAAACUUCUACCACUACUGCGACGAGGAGCUGAAAAAGAUCAACACAUUCUACUCGGAGAAGCUGGCCGAAGCCACCCGAAAGUAUGCCGGUCUGAGCGCCCAGCUGAAGAACAUGCUCGAAAGCCAACACAAAACCAAAUCCAAAGGUCACACGCUGAAGCGGAUGAACCUCCCCUACCGGAAAGCGCAGGAACUGAAGCUGGCCUUCAGUGAGUUCUACCUGAGCUUGAUCCUGCUGCAGAACUACCAGAACCUCAACCACACCGGGUUUCGGAAAAUUCUCAAGAAGCAUGACAAACUGUUACGGUGCGAUAACGGUGGUCGGUGGCAGAAGGAGCAGGUCGAAACGAGCCAUUUCUUCACCAACAAAGACAUCGACAAGCUGAUCAACGAUACGGAAACGACGGUCACUACCCAGCUCGAGAGCGGCGAUCGACAGAAGGCCAUGAAGCGGCUGAGGGUUCCCCCACUCGGAGAACAGCAGAGUCCGUGGACCACGUUCAAGGUGGGUCUGUUCAGUGGGAGCUUUGUAGUGUUGUUCAUUGCUGUGAUCCUAUCGGCGAUCUUCCACGAGAGUACGGGAGAAAAUCUGAAGAUCGCCUUCCGACUGUACCGGGGGCCCCUGUUGGUGAUCGAGUUUGUGUUUCUACUCGGCGUUAACAUCUACGGCUGGCGGUCGUCCGGAGUGAAUCAUGUGCUGAUCUUCGAACUGGAUCCCCGGAAUCACCUGUCCGAGCAGCACCUGAUGGAAUUGGCAGCCAUUUUGGGAGUCGUUUGGACGUUGAGCUUGCUAAGCUUCCUGUACAGCGCUAGCUUGAGUAUACCACCGUACGUGAAUCCACUGGCGUUGACCGUCGUCAUGAUUGUGUUCCUGAUCAACCCGUUCAAGGUGUUUCGGUACGAGGCGCGGUUUUGGCUGCUGAAGACGAUCGGCCGCAUGGUGGCAGCACCGUUCUUCCACGUAAGCUUUGCCGAUUUCUGGCUGGCUGAUCAGCUCAACAGUCUGGUGACGGCGCUGAUGGAUUUCCAGUUCCUGACCUGCUUCUAUGUGACCAACGGGGACUGGCUGGAUGCGGGCAAUACCAGCCAGUGUAUGGAGCAGAACUAUAUCAUGCGUCCGAUCGUGAACUGCUUGCCGGCAUGGUUUCGUUUUGCGCAAUGCUUGAGGCGUUACCGGGACUCGAAGGAAGCGUUCCCCCAUCUGGUCAAUGCUGGGAAAUAUUCGACCACAUUUCUGGUGGUCAUCUUUGCUACGUUGAGGAGUUUUCACGCAUCCAAAUACGAGGACGCCUACGACAAUCCGUACCUGUGGCUUUGGCUGCUAAGUCAGGUCAUAUCUUCCGUCUAUGCGUACAUGUGGGACAUCAAAAUGGAUUGGGGUCUGUUCGACAAAAAUGCCGGCGAAAAUACCUUCCUCCGGGAGGAAAUCGUCUAUUCGACACCGUUCUUCUACUACUUUGCCAUCAUCGAGGACCUGUUCCUACGAUUCGUGUGGGCCAUCUCGUACGCCCUCAUCGAGAACAAAGUCGUCUCGGGCGAUCUGAUGACGUCGGUCCUGGCGCCGCUGGAAGUAUUUCGCCGUUUCGUGUGGAACUUUUUCCGCCUGGAGAACGAGCACCUCAACAAUUGUGGUAAGUUCCGAGCCGUUCGGGACAUUUCCAUUGCACCGAUCGAUUCCAACGAUCAGAUCAUCAUACUGAAAAUGAUGGACGACGAGGAUGGUGUUAUCAAUAGGGACACCAAAAACAAUCGAGCCAAGCACAAAAAGACCAAAGAAGACAGAAAGCCGCUGCUGCAAGCGUUCAAAGGCUCCCUGCAAGACCUGGAUGUGAACAGCACGAAAAAGCUCUGAGAGACCAACGACCUGCUCAAGUGUAGUUAAUGUGUACAAAAUUGUACUUAUUCAGUUAGUCAAAAUAGUUUUUAACCCCAUCUUCGUAGGACGCCUCACCGGGCGAGAUAGGAUAUUUAGAACCCAACUCCCACAUUCCUCAAACGAAUUAGACUCCGAUACAAGGUUGCAACUCAUUUCAGAUAACAAAAUGUUUUUUAGGAAUUGUGAAGUCAUUAGACGGUAUGAACAUAUGUUUUAUUUGUAAGAUACAAGAAGAGGUUGCAAAGUAUGUUUUUGACGCAUAAAACCUAGAAAUGUCGCUUCCUGAGAGUCGUUAUCAGCAAUUUUCAUAUAAUCGCUGAUUGUGACUCUUAGAAAGCCAGCACAUGCUUUGUAGUCUUCUCUUGUAGCUUACAAGUGAUGUUAUGCAAAAUGAACAUUUGCAACCUUGCUCCGAGAUUGGCGCUUCCUAGCAGCAAGCAUCAAAAGAAUGUGUCAGAAACAGUGCGUCCGUUGUUGCACAUUGAUUAGGACAGUUCACAGUUAGGGUUGCGAUACGUGAUAAAAGUAAUGCCUUAUGAAGAAAUGUUUGUACUUCCAUAUUUUUUUUUACUAAUCUGACGGAUAUAGAGAUGAUGCAAUAAUAUAGAUUUAUACGUGAACAGUGAAAGCAAAUACGAUUGACUGUAGGAUGAUCUUUGCCAAGGAUCUAAAAAAAAAGAAUAUCUUGUUAGGAAAUGAAAGAAGAAAGCGCUGGAAAAUCAACAGCACGUCGUCACAUGUCGAUUUAGUUGUGGCAGUAUUACUUACUACCCUCCCGAAACAUUUGAUUUUAUAUCAAUGACUCCCAUCGUUUUGUCAGUCCAAUAGAGCUUAGGAGGCAACUUCGUCGUACAAAAGAUGGCCAGGUUCCGCUUUCAGUUAAGUGCUAAAUUGUAGAGAAUAGGUCAUACCCCAUACAUAAUUAGAACGUUUCAAUAGAGGUGCUGUAGAAACAGUUUCUGAAACACCAGUUGGCUUAGUGUGCUACUAUUUCGCCUGAAGUGGAACAAGUUUGUGAUUUCAUUCCAAUAAAGAUAUGAUAUGAUUUUUA